CAGACGUCCACUACGCCCCCUGUCCCAGCAGUCCAUCACAACCCACCAUUUCCAUACAGCAUCUCACACCAAGCCCAACCCAAGCCAGUAAGCCAUGGCAGGCGCCUCCACCAACGGCACCCACAAGGGCGGCAUCAAGGCCUACUGGAAGCGCCGGGGAUACGACCGCCUCGACGCGGCGGCCGCGCAGCGCCGCCCGCCCCUCGCCACUGCCGAGCUCGGCGCCGGGGGAGGCGGGGCACCGGCGCCCGCAAGCCGGCGGCGGCGCGGGUGGCGCGUGCGGCGCCGGGGGGGCCUCGGGCGGCGGCUCCUGCGCGCGUUGUCGCCGCGGAGGCUCCUGGCGCGGCUCCGGGACGCCUACGUGAACGCCAUGCUCCGGCUGGCGUCCUCCGCCGCCGUGGGCUACGGCGCCGCCCCCUUCUGCGCCGCCGCGGAGCCAUUCGCGCGGCCGCGCCCUCUCAAGGAGUACGACGAGAAGGUGCUCGUGGAGAUGUACCGGGCCAUCCUGGCCCGCAGCGGCGGGGGGAUCGUCCCUGUCUCCGGCGAAGAGGCGGCGCCACCUAUUGUCGCCGCCGCCAGGUUGCCGGCCGCGGUGGCCUGAGUGACCCACCGACCGGUUGGUGCAAAGGCUAGCUCAAGUUAUCACGCAAUCUCGUUCCCUCUUCGCGUCUCCAUGCAGAACCUGUGAGGAGGAGUAGUAAAUUGUAGCACGAACUAUCCGUCUGGAUCGUGUCUGCCUUUAGAAGUUCUGUACUUCUGCUGCAAUUUGCAAUACAGGCUUGAUGAAUCGUGUUUGUGGUCCACUAAGGAAAAAGAAGGUAAAACAGCGAGCCUUUUUCUCCCCAUCGCAUUGCGUAGUGGAGUAGUCUAGUGUCACUAGAGAAAGACCUUGGAAAUUGGAAAGCAUUAGUAAGUGGAUUGUAAAUUCUACAGAAAUAUUAUGAAUCCUAUACGGAUCAGUAAGUGGAUUGUAAAUUCACCAGUCCACUACGGAAAAGAAGGUAAAGUUUAAUUCCGUGGAAA